AAUCAAAACAAUUUUUUUAGGUUAGUUUUUAAUAAAAUGUCAAAAUGCAAUCUUUUGAAAGAAUAUAAAAAAAAUGUAGUUGAAUUACAAAAUCGUGCCAAAAUUCUAGGUUUAAGUAAAAAAGAAGUUAAUCAAGUGUUCAAAGAAUCAUUCGUGAAAUUACAAAAUGAGUUAAACGGCUCAAAUUUGUCCCAAACUAACAAAGCUCAAAAGAUUUGUACCAAUUUAAAAAAUGUACUCGUUUUAUUUACCGCUUCUUUUAUCUUUAUUUAUAUUUUACUUAAUGUUCAUCAACCAACGACGAGUAUAGUUUUAAGAAAUGUCCAAGGUUUAACGUAUCCAACACUGAAAUUUGUAAGGUAUCUCUCUGUUCCAAUAAUUAAGUUAUUUCCUGCUCUUACAGAUUUAUAUGAUGAAACAUGUCUAGUAGAAAAUCCCUAUUUUUAUGUAGCGGAUAUGGAAUGUUGGCCUUGUGAAAAUGUUUUUACUGUAUUGAAUAUUUCAAAAUUCGAAGAUAGUUACCUGAAAUCAGGAACUGCUGCUCCGUAUAUUGUAAAGUCAACUCAGAAGACUGUAAACUUUGAAAAGCUUAAAUACCAUUAUGAACAAAACAAAAAAACUUUGAAUAAAGAAACUAGAAGACUAAAGUCCACAAAUUCAAGUAUCAUCACUUUAGAAGACUUAUUUGGAAAAAAUAAUAAUUUAAUAGCUUCUGAUCCAGACUUACAUAUCUCCUGGCGCAUUACCAAAAUGACUUCUGCCAGGAUUAUCCGGCAGCUGUUUCCAAAACCAUUUUUUCUACCUGAUAGGUCAGGUCAAAGUGUUGAAAGAUUCGUAAUGAUAGAUGGUGUUCAAUCAGGUCCUUAUGUAUUACCAAACACCGAAUGUAGUUACGUAUUUAUUACUCAAGGGUCAGGGGAGAGAACUAUUGUUCUAAAACCUUCCAAAGAAUGCACUUCCAAAUGUCGUACUAUAUCAGUAAUAUUGAGGCCGUCUUAUAUUUUAUCAUAUAAUUGGUGGUAUUGGCGCCCUAUUAGUCUUCCUGUAACAAAUGCUACUGGACCUUCCGUAACUUAUAUCAAUUCAUACUGUUAACAAUUUUAUGAAAAACUAUUUAUUCUAUUUUAUCUCGUAGAUUUAAGUGGAGUCAAUAAAAGGCUGAUUUUACAAAAAAA